GACACAUCAGUUUCGGGCACACUAAGUUCGAUGUGCGAGAUGAAGAAAUGGCGGUUCACUCUUUUACCCUUUCAGUUGAUACUGUAGAGAGUAGAGUUUUUUCUUCAAUUCAUUUCAACUGUGUUGUCUUCUGGAAAUGACACGCAGCAUUUUUUACGUCGCGGUAUCUAGAUUAACCUUAGUGUUCACUGCUUUGUACCUGAUAUCAACAUUUGGAACGCUAUAGGAAAUUUGAUAAACGACGAGAACAGUCGGAUCUGGAGCAUACAUGUAUACGAUAUUCGGAGAGUAGGCCUACAGGUAUUUUACUUGUACACCAAAACGCGGAUAACAUUUUUUCGUUAGGUAAAUAACGACUCUGGAUAACAUUUUUGAGUUAGAUUAAUAUCAACGCGCCGUCGGAUAAGCUUUUCGUUAGACAAAUCACAACGCCGGAUAAAAUUGUUCCGUAAGGUAAAUCACAACGCUGGCGGAUAACCUAUUUUCGCAAGAUACUUGCACAUGUAAAUCAAACCGCCGGAACAUUUUUCCUUCGAAAAACCGCAACACAACUUUUUUGGGCGAACCCCCGAUAAGUUUCUUUGCUCGACUUUCUUGGACUACAAAGUGAUCAUGGAUCCAUUGGAGAAAGCUGCUGAGCAGCAGAAGCAAGAGCAAGAUGUACAAGAGUCGUUCUCUCAGAAAGCGGCUUCAUUUCUCUCCGACAGCAGUGUGGUUCCCCUCACCCGCAUGUACAAAAGCUCCUCAGUUUUUACGAAAUUUGCCUGGUGCGCUACCUUCCUAUUCGCUGUCGGCAUGUUCACUUUCUACAUGGAAUCGAUCAUAAGAACCUAUUUCAAUUACCCGUCUGAAGUUAAUAUCAAGUUGAUGAUUUCUCCAACCCUUGAUUUCCCCGCGAUAACGAUCUGCAAUAUGAACCCAAUACGCUUGAACCAGUUGAUGAAGCACGAGGAAAUUCUAAAGAUGAUAGGAGUGGAAGAUAUUGAUAAGCAAAAGAAUAUGAUGUAUGAACGAUAUGAAGAUGAACAUAGACAUCCGGGUUCAGGCGAAACAGGCACAGCCCCGGGUUCAGGCGAAACAGGCACAGCCCCGGAUCCUGUCGAAACAGGCACAGCCCCGGAUCCUGUCGAAACAGGCACAGCCCCGGGUUCUGUCGAAACAGGCACAGCCCCGGUUUUAGUCGAAACAGGCACAGCCCCAGGUUCAGUCGAAACAGGCACAGCACCGGGUUCUGUCGAAAUAACUACUGCAUUCACAAACCCCGCAGCCGGAUUAGCAACAACCGUCAUUAGUGGCAGUACUACUCCAGAAUACAAACAAUGGGACACGUUGAAGGAAAUGGGUGAAGACAAGGAAAGGGAAUACUUCGGGACGAUGGAUUCGAUGUACAAGUACCAGGCAAAAUUCACCGACUUGGCGGCAGCCCUGGAUGAGGAGGUCGUAGAAGACUUAACCCAUCAAAUAGAAGACUUUAUGAUUUCAUGCCAAUGGCAAGGAUACCCGUGCGCUCCCACGAACUUUACUCAGUUUUUCAAUUUCAAAUACGGCAGCUGCUGGACAUUGAACUCUGUUCUCGGUAGAGGCGACAACUGGACGGCUAAAGCAGCUCCACUGAAGACUAGUUCGACAGGCCCCAGAGCGGGCUUGACGCUUGUAUUGAACGUGGAGCAAUAUGAAUACGUGAAGAGUCUAACCCCCGAGGCUGGCGUAAGAGUUGUUGUUCAUCAACCAAAGGAGAUGCCCUUCCCGGAAGAUGAAGGGUUUGUCGUCUCACCUGGAUUUGCGACAAUGGUUGGCCUCCGACAGAGAAUGAUAACGAGGCUUCAAGCCCCUCAUGGCACCUGCAAAAACAAUGUUGAUUCUAAGACCCUGUAUUCCAAGGAGUUUCAUGUAGACUACACGGUAAACGCCUGCCAAAAGACUUGCCUACAGAAUGCGAUCUACAGGAAGUGUGGAUGCGCUCUUCCAGAUAUACCAGUCCCGAACAGGACGAAUCUCACUAUCUGUGUGAGUGUUGGAGAGCCAAACAAUACUGUUCACGCCGCAAUGGCAAACUGUACAAAAGAUGUCCGAUACCGCUACAGAAGUGGAAACCUCAGGUGCAACUGCCCGCAGUCGUGUUCAACGACCUAUUACCAAACGAGCAUAUCAACGGCUACUUACCCCUCAAAGCACUAUGAGAAGCUUCUGAAGUCGACUCUGGAACAAACUGGUGGAGGAGGAAAAGAACAUAUGGACGACUUCGAUGAAAACAUCGUGAAGUUAGUCAUCUACUUUGAGGACCUCAAUUAUGAAAUGGUGGAGACUGUCAUAUCCUAUCCGGUGGAAAAACUCCUCAGUGACUUCGGAGGGUUGAUUGGCCUUUGGCUUGGCGCCUCUUUUAUCACGUUUCUCGAACUAGCAGCAUUUGCUGGCGAUAUAUUCAGGUACAUCGCUCGGAAAUGUAACUGUAAGUCCGAUGCAGAGAAAGUUCAACCCAUCAUGGACCAUUGGAAAUUAAAGACAAAAGAAGCAAAGGAGAGUAAGAGCUUUGAGGCUGCGAUGAAAGGACCUAAAAAGGGUCAUCUUGGCUUUGAGAACAAGGUCUUCGAUGUGAAUGAGGCGAACUGGUAGAUAGAGUGGAAAACCAGGGGAAGUGCAUAUGAGCCCAGUGUAAGGAAGUCUUCACUACAGUACUUACAAAAUAGGCCAGGGGAUGGUUUCUUCUGUAUUUUCUUAAGCAUCAAUUCUGAACUGUCUUCAGAAUUAGAAAUAUUUAGUUGGAAUGAUCAAUGAUCGAGGAUCAAUGUUGCUAUGUAGUAAUUCGACGUGUGAGAUGUUGCCCGAAUCGGAAACGUAUUCAAUGAAUAAAAAAGUAGUAGUUCAGUCAAAUAAUAUUGCUGUUU